GAACUAGGAGCAAAGUCCUGAGACAGUUCCAGUAAACAACUGUAGAUGUGAAAGAAAGACUUUUCCUUACCAUGGCUGGAAAAAAAGAACUUUUGAUUCUAGAAAACUUCAUAGGUGGAAAAUUUUUACCCUGUAACUCGUAUAUAGAUUCUUAUGAUCCAUCAACAGGAGAAGUGUAUUGCAAAGUGCCAAAUAGUGGAAAAGAAGAGAUCGAAGCUGCAGUGGAAGCUGCCAGAGAGGCCUUUCCUUCCUGGUCAUCCCGGAGCCCCCAGGAACGCUCCCUGGUCCUGAAUCGCUUGGCUGAUUUGCUGGAGCAGUCCCUGGAGGAGUUGGCCCAGGCAGAAUCUAAAGACCAAGGGAAAACCCUAACACUGGCCAGGACCAUGGACAUUCCUCGGUCUGCACAGAACUUUCGGUUCUUUGCUUCCUCCAUCUUGCACCACGUGACUGAAUGCACACAGAUGGAUCACCUGAGCUGCAUGCACUACACUGUGCGCACCCCUGUGGGAAUUGCUGGUUUGAUCAGCCCUUGGAACCUGCCACUCUACCUGCUGACAUGGAAGAUAGCUCCAGCUAUUGCUGUGGGGAAUACUGUGAUAGCCAAGCCCAGUGAGCUGACGUCUGUAACUGCAUGGAUGAUGUGUAAACUCUUGGAUAAAGCAGGUGUUCCACCAGGUGUGGUCAACAUUGUGUUUGGAACAGGACCCAGGGCAGGUGAGGCUCUGGUAUCCCACCCAGAGGUACCCUUGAUCUCCUUCACUGGGAGCCAGCCCACAGCUGAGCGGAUCACCCAACUGAGUGCUCCCCAUUGCAAGAAGCUCUCCCUGGAGCUGGGAGGCAAGAAUCCUGCUAUCAUUUUUGAGGAUGCCAACCUGGAAGAGUGUAUCCCAACAACUGUUAGGUCCAGCUUUGCCAACCAGGGGGAAAUCUGCCUCUGCACCAGUAGGAUCUUUGUCCAGAAGAGCAUCUAUUGUGAAUUUUUAAAGAGGUUUGUAGAAGCUACCAGAAAGUGGAAAGUUGGCAUUCCUUCUGAUCCAUCAGCUAGCAUGGGAGCUUUGAUAAGUAAAGCACAUUUGGAGAAGGUGAGAAGUUAUGUGAAGAAAGCUCGUGCUGACGGGGCCCAGAUUCUGUGUGGAGAGGGUGUGGACCAGGUGAGCCUUCCCCUCAGGAACCAGGCAGGCUACUUCAUGCUUCCCACGGUGAUAACAGACAUUAAAGAUGAGUCCUCCUGCAUGAAGGAAGAGAUAUUUGGUCCAGUGACGUGUGUUGUCCCUUUUGAUACUGAAGAGGAAGUGAUUAAAAGAGCCAACAGUGUUAAGUAUGGGCUGGCAGCUACAGUGUGGUCAAGCAAUGUGGGACGCAUCCAUCGGGUGGCUAAGAAGCUGCAGUCAGGCUGGGUCUGGACCAACUGCUGGCUCAUCAGGGAGCUGAACCUACCUUUUGGGGGCAUGAAGAGCUCUGGGAUAGGAAGAGAAGGAGCCAAGGACUCAUACGACUUCUUCACGGAAAUCAAAACCAUCACUGUUAAACACUGACCUUCACCUGUGGGGAAGCUGCGGUGGCUGAGGCCUGGGAGGAGCAAAUCAAUGUCCAAUGCGGUGAACAGAAAUCCUUGUGUGUGUUCUAGUCAUUUUCAAUUUUCAAUGUGGAACCAGAACAUGACUUCUGAACAGAAAGAUACAACAAAGACAACUAACCAACAAUCUCCCUACCAAGUUAUGCCUUCAUAGAUUUUCUCCAUCAUCUUGAUUGAAUUCUGGGGAAUCCCUGCAAAUCAGAUAUUUUCAUUUGCAACUAUAGGGUUAAAAAAAACCCCCAAAACCCAACAGAGUUAGAAAAGAGUGGGAAGAUAACUCAGUGGAUAAAGUAUUUGCUGUGUAAACAUGAGGACCUGAGUUCAGAUCCUGACACCCAUGUAAAGCCUGGCAUGGUAGCACAUAUAUAACCCUUCCCCUGCUAGAACCAUUAAAAACCAAACAACAAAAACAAAGCUGAAAAAACAUCCCACUCUCGUUUUCUACCUCGAGGAAGCAGUGGGAAUGGACUUUUGGCCCCCAUUCAUUAGCAUGCUAAUUGAAAUCAGCUGUACCCCAUUAAUCUCCGGGAGUGAUGAAUGUCUACAGAGCUUGUCAGUGUCCUACAUGGUGGGCCAUGCUGAACCAUGUAUAUACAAGGAUAAAGGAAAACAAACUAGUUAUUAAUUUCUAGAUGAAACUUGGAACACACACACAAAAAUAAUUUGAUUUCCACUGUAAUCUAAUCAAUUCUAAUUCUUCCUCAAAAAUGCAAUAAAUAUUCAGCAGUAUGACAUGUA